AAAGUUGAUCAAGUGCAGAUUGUGUGCAAGUCCACUCUCUUCUUUCUGUGUUAAGAGAGAGGGGGGGAGAGAGAGAGAGAGAGAGAGAGUGGGAGGAGAGAGAUGGGGAUGAAGGAAGCUCUGCCAUUUCUGGGUAUGGUGAGUAUACAGUUUAUACAGGUGGGUAUGAUAGUGGCAGUCAAAGAAGCCACUUCACAUGGCCUCACCAAGUUCACCUUUGUCUUCUACUCCAAUUCUCUUGCUGCCCUCAUUCUUCUCCCCACUUCCUUUCUUCUUCACAGAUCAACUCGUCCUCCAAUCACUUUCUCUCUCCUCUGCAAAUUUUUCGUGAUAAGCUUACUUGGUUGCACAUCACAGGUAGUUGGAAAUGUAGCAGUGCAGAUAACUCCAGCAUCAUUUUCCACAGCAAUUAUGAACCUGGUCCCGGGUUUUACAUUCACACUUGCUGUUAUUUUCAGGUUGGAACAAGCUGAUUUUAAAAGUUCAAGUACCCUAGCUAAAUCCAUCGGAACUAUAGUCUCGAUUGUAGGGGCUCUCAUUGUGACACUCUACAAGGGUCCCUCACUUCUAAUGACUGCGACGCAGUACAACUUGGUCCUUGGAGCUUUUCUCCUUACAAUCGAAUGUUUGUCUUCUUCGGCAUACAUUAUUACUCAGGCAUUUCUCCUCACGAAAUUUGGCACGGAGCUUAUUAUAGUAUUUUUCUACUGCUUUUUCGUCGCAAUUAUGACUGGAAUUUUAUCUUUGGUUAUGGAAAGAGACCCAGCCGCUUGGAGCUUACUACCUUCUGUGAAGUUGCUUUCCAUUCUUUUCUCAGGAAUUGUUGGUUCUGCAAUACAAGUAAGCAUUCUGGUGUGGUGUCUGCGCCAGAGGGGGCCUCUUUUUAUUGCAGUGUUUCACCCCUUGGGGAUUGUCAUUUCGACCGUGGUUGGUAUCAUCGUCUUUGGUGAUAUUUUGUAUUUGGGAAGUGUGGUGGGAUCAGUUAUUAUUGUUAUAGGAUUUUACUCUGUUAUGUGGGGAAAAUCCAAAGAACAAAAAGUGAUCAAGGAUGAUGAGGAAACCAGGUCAAAAUCACCCGGAGAAAAAGUGCCACUCUUGCAGAACAUCAAAGAGACCCAAGUUUAGAACGGUAAAUGAAAAAAAAAUUAAGUUCCAUUUUCUUUUCCUCUGUAUCUUGAAAGCUGCCUUGUAUUGAUGUCAAAUUUGAAGUUCGUUUUUUUGCUUAAAUUGGCCCAUCAAACAUUGUUCAGCAGCCUAUAUAUGUCAAGGCUAGCUCUGUUGUGUAUUGAAUGGCAUUCCGACAAAUAAACACUACAGAAGGUUGUAGCUUUUCAAUGAUAUUUUCCAGAAACCGAAAAGUGUUCUCAUA